AUGUCUCCAGAACGAAAUCAACCCCCGCCUGAGCUGGUGCACGUUCACCACAAGCCCCGUUCUCUAGACGACACGAUCGAGCAAUAUUUGGGUGGUUUCGGGUCGAGACAGUUUCUCCAAACCAUCUUAGUCUCGUUUGCGUGGUUUUUUGACGCGCAACAAACUUUUAUCGCUGUUUUCACCGAUAAGGAGCCUAAAUGGAGCUGCAACAAUAAUAGUAGCUUCCCAUGCGAAAAAAUUACUAAUGUUGACUUGUUGUGCAAGCUUCCGAGGAACUCAUCUUCACUAUCCUGGGAUUCUCCGGUGCACGCGUCCAUUGUAUCCGAGUGGUCCCUCCAAUGCGCUAGCCCCUUCAUCAGAGGCUUGCCUUCCUCAUCCUUUCUGUUGGGCUGCCUUGUUGGCGGACUUGUGCUCGCAACUCUGGCGGACUCAAACAUGGGCCGCAAAAACACGUUGAUCCUCUCUUCCUUGAUCAUGUCCGUAUCCGGGGGACUGACUGCAAUUUCUACGAAUAUUUGGAUGUACGCCGGAUUUCGAUUCCUGAGCGGGUUCGGACGGUCCACGAUAGGGACGAGCGCGUUCGUCCUCGCAAGCGAACUCGUGGGGAAAAAGUGGAGGGGCAAAAUUGGGAUAAUGGGUUUUUCGUGUUUCACGUUGGGCUUCAUGUCUCUCCCGCUCGUAGCUUUUCUACUGAGGUGGUCGUCCUGGAGGUUGAUUUAUUUCUACACGACUUGUCCGUGCAUUUUUUACUCUUUGCUAGUGUGUGUUUUCGCGUACGAGUCUCCGAGAUGGCUUUUCAUCAAGGGGAAAAGAGAAGAAUUUACCAAAACUAUAACACACUUGACGAGAUGCAGAAGCAGCAUUUCGCCCAGUGUGGAGUGGACGGAAAAAGUAACGGAAGGCAAUAGUAGUAGUAGUAAUACCUUUUCUUCUGCGUUGAAGAUGUUAGUUAGUAAAAAUUGGGCCUUAAAGCGUUUACUAGUCUUGAUGAUUGUGGGGUUUGGCAACGGCAUGGCCUACUAUGGAAGCCCAUUGGGCCUCGAUGGCUUGCCAUUCAACCUCUACGUGAGUGUCGCCUUAAAUGCGUUGGUCGAGUUGUUAGCCGCGUGGAUCAUGGUUUUCGUGAUAGAGAAGUUGAAGAGGAAAAAUUGGUUGGUCGGGUUGUCUUUAUUUAGCGGGGUGUGUGGAUUGGUGGGGAUUUUUGCGCGGUUGAACGAGAUUCAGAUAGGGUUGGAAUUGGUGUUUUUUUUUAGUAUGUGCAUGGCGUUUGAUGUUUUCAUGAUCUACGUGUCGGAAUUGUUCCCGACGUGCGUUAGAAACUCGGCAGUGUCGAUGGUGAGGGUGGCUGGCUUGCUCGGUGGGUUUUUGGGCCCGAUGCUUGUGGCGGUCGGAAGAAGGGUAAAUGGGCUCUUGUGCUAUGCAGUGUUUGGGUUAACCUUAUCGUUGACCGUAUUGUUUGUUGUCCUGGUGCCUGAAACUAACGGGAAGACAUUGUGUGAUACAAUGGAGGAAGAAGAAGAAGACGAGUACGCACGUUGA